AUGUUGCCGUCUUUGUCUUCAGGGAAAAUGGGACCAGCGGCAGCUUCAUCUAUACGGAGUCUUCUCUACAGAUUGCUUCUGUUGUACUCUAGCCUUCUUAUUGCUCCAGCAAGCUCUCAAGGUGAUGAGACCAGGCAAGCUAAUAACAAACAUGUUGCCAUCUUUGUGUUUGGAGAUUCGGUCUACGAUCCAGGAAACAAUAACUAUCUCUAUAUUGGCAUUGAAGGCAAGGCAAAUUUUACACCGUAUGGAGAGAGUUUUUUCAAAUAUCCGACUGGAAGAUUCUGCGAUGGUCGUACUGUCCCUGACUUUGCUGCAAUAUACUCAAAUUUACCACUUUGGGAACCAUACUUACAACCUGGAAGUCAUAAUUUUAGCAGUGGAGCUAAUUUUGCAAGUGGUGGAGCUGGUGUUCUUGAAGAAAGUAAUCCAAAUACGCUUUACAGCCAAAAACAGCUAAAGUAUUUUAAGGAGGUGGCCAAUUUACUGAAGCAGCAACUCGGUGAUGCAGUGGCCAAAAAGAUACUAGCCGAUGCAAUCUAUUUGUCUAGCUUUGGAGGCGUUGACUACAUGUCUUUCAUAAAUAGUACUUCUAAUCCUACCGAAUUACAACAACAGGAAUAUGUAAACAUGGUGAUUGGCAAUUUUACAGAUGUUAUUAAGGAAAUAUAUGAAACGGGAGGAAGGAAAUUUGCAUUUCAGAAUGUGGGACCUUUGGGUUGCCAACCAGAGUUGAAACAACAGUACAAUCUUAGUGGUGGUGCUUGUGUAGAAGUGCUCCAAGCAAUCGCUAGUCUUCACAAUAGUCUUCUGUCUAAUGUCACUUCGGAGUUGCAAAGCCAAUUAUCAGGAUUCGAAUAUGUGAUUUUUGAUUUCUUCAAUUCACUUAAUGAUAUGAUAAAUUAUCCUACAAAAUAUGGCUUCAAUGUGUCAGAAAUUGCAUGUUGCGGCAUCGGUUCACAUCGUGGUUCUGGAUGCGGAAGAGUAAAACAAUAUGAACUAUGUAGUGAUCCUAAUGAGUAUGUGUUUUUCGAUGGAGGCCAUCCUUCUGAACAUGCUGAUUCUAUAUUAUCUGACUUCUUGUGGAAUGGAGGAUCCCACUUUGCAAAUUUGGAUAUGGUUCCACCAUACCUACAACCAGGAGCAAACUUAAGUGAUGGUGUCAACUUUGCUUCAGCUGGAUCAGGUGUUUUUGACAUUAUGCCUGGCCUGAUAAAUCUUCCAAAGCAGCUAGCCUAUUUCAAGAAGGUGGCAAGUUCAUUGGACAAGGAGGUUCUGAUGAGAUCUGUGUUCUUGAUUAGCAUGGGAGGGAAUGAUUACUUUAGCUUCAACACAAAAAACCCCAAUGCUACUGUAGCUGAACGGCAACAAUAUCAAAGGAUGGUGGUUGGAAAUUUAACUAAUGCACUCAAGGAAAUAUAUGAUUUAGGAGGAAGGAAAUUUGCGUUUCAGAAUGUUGGACCUUUGGGUUGUAUGCCAUUGAUAAAGCAACAAUUUUAUUCUCAACUUCCCGCAAGUUGUAACAAAAACUUUUUAAUUCAUGCAACAAUGCACAACAAAGCUCUCUCAAAUGCCCUUAAGAAGUUAGAGAGACAUUUAAGUGGUUUCAAAUAUUCAUUAUUUGAUUAUUAUUCCGCACUUCUUGACAGAAUUAACAAUGCUUCAAAAUAUGGUUUUAAAGAAGGGAUUAAAGCAUGUUGUGGCAGUGGGCAAUUUAAUGGACAAAAUUGUGGAGGAGGAUUCAGUGGAAAAGAUGCUUAUAGUCUCUGCUCAAACCCCAGUGAUUAUGUCUUCUUUGAUGGCGGCCACACGACAGAAAGGGCAAACAGCCAAUUGGCCGAGCUUAUUUGGAGUGGAGUACCGAAUGUCACAGGGCCUUACAAUGUCAAGCAAUUGUUUGAGCUUCCAUGA